GCUGAUUGCUCCUUAUAGUAAUAAAAUCGGCGCGGCAGCCGGCAACCUAGCGCACGUGAUGAUCUCCCGCAUUGUCCUUUGUCUCUAUCCGGCCGUUAUUUCAAAAAAAGAUUCGGACGUGCACAUAUAUCGGCACUGAGAGAUUUGUGAAGCUUCUUGUUUUCUUCUUGAAAAAUGAGCGAAAGGCAAGGCCUAUUGAAUAACAUGGCUGAUUUGAAAAUUAGGAAUGAAGAAAAUGAAAACUUGAAUGGUAAUCAAGAAGAAUUUCUUGAUGAUUCCGACUUCGAAGUGGAUAAUGAUAGCUUAAAUGGCAACCAGCAAGAUCGUCCUGAUGCUGAUUUAGACGUAGAAAUGAGAGAAAUGGAGGAGUUGAUAGAAAACCCUCCAGAUCGUUUUAUUCUACAAGGACCUCUGCACGGUCAGUACAAUGGAAUUGCUGGACACAGACCAUUCUUAGGCAUAGGUGCUGCUAGUAAUGCACAAGAACCUCUGCAGAAUCAGCAAAAUGGCUCAGCGCAAUGGCAUUGGUGGCCAAGGUCCACUGCUAGUAGCCCGGGUGCUGCUGAUGGAGCUCAAGGCCCUUUGCAGGCCCAGCGCAAUGAUGUCGCUGAACAGGAACCAUUGGUAGUGGGCCAAGGUGCUGCUAAUGGUGCCCGAAGACGUAUUCAGGGUCAGCAAAAUGGCAUCGCUGGAAAUCAGAGACCAUUACAGCACCAGAGAGCUGCUGCUGGUGCCCGAAGGCCUAUGCAGGGUCAACGUAAUGGCUUUGCUGGACAAAGACCAUUACAGCCCCAGAGAGCUGCUGCUGGUGAACGAAGACCUCUACAGAACCUUAACAAUAAUGGUGUUGAAAGACAAGGAAGAAACGCUGGAGGAAGACAACAGGAUGAAGCAGAUCAUCAGGGAAGCCCAGUGCAAGGAAACGCUAGAGAAGAGUUGCCUCUUAGAAACCAAGCUCAAAAUGGUAUGAAACGUGGAAAACGAGGAGUUAGGGGUGGUCGUAAACUAAGAAAAAAAAUUCCACUCAAUCCUUAUCAACAAGGAUUAAAAAACGUGGCAGAACUAUUUCUUAACAUGGUAGAAGAAAGCACCAACCGCACAAGGGCAAGGCUCGAAGGAGAAAGGGAGUUGAGAGAGAGAGAGUUGGCUGAAGCAGAAGAAGAAGAUUACGAACAAGAAGAAGAAAAAUAAAAUAAAAAUUAGUUCAGAAAAUAUGCAUGCAUUUAAAGAAGUCUAAAUUAUUUCAAUAAAAAGGUGUGACUAAAUGCAUGGCUAUUAA